AUGGCUGCUAACAGGCAGGGCAAGAUGCAAAGCCUCAUCAACUAUCGGAUGAGGGUGACCCUGAAUGACGGCCGACAGAUGACGGGACAAAUGCUCGCCUUUGAUAAGCAUAUGAACCUCGUUCUAGCGGAUACAGAAGAGUUCCGUCGCGUAAAGAGGAAGAGCAAACCGGCUGCCGGCCCCUCGAACGCCCCUCUGGUCGAAGCCGAAGAAAAGAGAACCCUCGGACUUACGAUUGUGCGCGGCACGAACGUUGUUUCAUGCUCUGUUGACGGACCUCCUCCUGCAGACCCCUCCGCUCGUCUUGGAACAGGUGUACCUGGUGCUGCAGCUGCAGCCACUCUUGCUGCUGGCCCAGGUGUUAGUAAGCCCGCCGGCCGAGGCCUUCCUAUCGGACUGGGUGGCCCUGCUGCCGGUGUUGGAGGACCACCGCCGCCUGCUGGGUUCCCAGGCUUCCCACCUGGUGGUUUCCCUGGAGCGCCGCCCCCGGGAUUUGCUGGACGUGGUGGACCACCAGGAGCUCCUCCUGGCUUUGGACCACCUCCAGGAUUUGCUCCACAGGGUGCACCUCCGGGAGCUUUCCAGCCACCACCGGGAUUCCAGCCGCCGGGAGGACGAGGAUUUCCCCCACCAGGGUUUGGGGGUAGAUAA